AACUUGUACACCUGGCUCAAACGUCUCUUAUUAUGAUUAUUUUAUUCUUCCUCCCACGCCAACAGCUUUUUCUCACAGAAUCUCACUCCUCUGCUCUCCCGAGUUCGCUUCAAAACUCAGCACUCUCUCUCUCUAAAGCUCUCAUCCUCCCUCUCUCUCUCUCUCUAACCUCCAACCUCACAUGCAGCAGCAGCAGAGCUCCAAAAUCUAGCGGGACAGCGAUGUCGAUGUCGUCGUCGUCUUCGAGGAGAGGGCUCGAGCAGUCGCCGUCGCAGCGGCGGCUGCUCCGAACUCAGACGGUGGGAAAUCUCGGAGAAUCGAUCUUUGAUAGUGAAGUUGUCCCUUCGUCUCUCGUCGAGAUCGCCCCCAUUCUUCGUGUUGCUAACGAAGUCGAGUCCAGUAACCCUAGGGUUGCUUACCUCUGUCGUUUCUAUGCUUUUGAAAAAGCUCAUCGAUUGGAUCCAACUUCCAGUGGCCGUGGCGUUCGUCAGUUUAAAACUGCUCUUUUGCAAAGAUUAGAAAGGGAAAAUGACCCAACGUUAAUGGGAAGGGUCAAAAAGAGCGAUGCCCGGGAAAUGCAGAGCUUCUAUCAGCACUAUUACAAGAAGUAUAUCCAAGCUCUUCAAAAUGCUGCUGAUAAAGCAGACCGUGCUCAACUUACCAAGGCAUACCAAACUGCUGCUGUUCUAUUUGAAGUCUUAAGGGCUGUUAAUUUGACACAAUCCAUUGAGGUUGACCAUGAGAUAUUGGAAGCUCAUAAUAAAGUUGAGGAGAAAACUAAGAUAUAUGUUCCUUAUAAUAUUCUUCCCUUGGAUCCAGAUAGUGCAAAUCAGGCUAUAAUGCGUUAUCCUGAGAUUCAAGCUGCUGUUCAUGCUCUUCGAAACACAAGGGGCCUUCCCUGGCCCAAAAACCACCAGAAGAAGGUUGAUGAAGACCUACUUGAUUGGCUUCAGGCGAUGUUUGGAUUUCAGAAAGAUAAUGUGGCAAACCAAAGGGAGCAUCUGAUUUUGUUACUGGCGAAUGUCCAUAUACGGCAAUUUCCAAAGCCUGACCAACAACCAAAGUUGGACGAUCGUGCACUAAAUGAGGUCAUGAAAAAAUUGUUCAAGAACUACAAGAAGUGGUGCAAGUAUUUAAAUCGCAAAAGUAGCUUAUGGUUGCCUACUAUCCAGCAGGAAGUUCAACAACGUAAGCUACUGUAUAUGGGUCUUUACCUUCUUAUAUGGGGUGAAGCUGCCAACUUGCGUUUUAUGCCAGAGUGCCUAUGCUACAUCUAUCAUCAUAUGGCAUUUGAACUAUAUGGCAUGCUAGCUGGAAAUGUAAGCCCAAUGACUGGUGAGAACAUAAAGCCAGCCUACGGUGGGGAGGAAGAGGCCUUUCUACAGAAAGUUGUCACUCCUAUAUAUCAGACUAUAGCAAAGGAAGCCGAAAGGAGCAAGAGAGAAAAAUCAAAACAUUCACAGUGGAGGAACUAUGAUGAUUUAAAUGAGUAUUUUUGGUCAGUUCGUUGUUUUCGCCUAGGCUGGCCUAUGAGAGCUGAUGCUGAUUUUUUCAAUCGCGAAAAUACUGGAGACAACAAGCCCAGUAGUGGUGACAGAUGGAUCGGAAAGAUCAAUUUUGUGGAAAUUCGUUCGUUUUGGCAUGUUUAUCGAAGUUUUGAUAGAAUGUGGAGCUUCUAUAUCUUAUGUUUACAAGCUAUGAUCAUCAUCGCCUGGAAUGCUGACUCAUCAAAGCCUUUGUUUAAUAAUGGAGUAUUUAAGGAGGUUCUCAGUAUUUUUAUAACAGCUGCAAUACUGAAGCUAGGUCAAGCUGUGCUGGAUAUUAUUUUUAGCUGGAAAGCGAGGAGAAGCAUGUCUUUUGCAGUUAAACUUCGAUACGUUCUGAAGGUCAUCUCUGGUGCUGCAUGGGUGAUAAUUUUGCCUAUAACAUACGCUUAUAGUUCAGAAAACCCUACUGGCUUAUCAAGGACUAUCAAGAGCUGGCUUGGAAAUGGCCAGAAUCAGCCUUCACUCUAUAUUUUGGCUGUUGUUAUAUAUCUGUCACCAAAUAUGCUUGGCCUUUUAUUAUUUCUUUUCCCCCUUCUGAGACGGUUUCUUGAAAGAUCAAAUUAUAAGGUUAUAACCCUUAUGAUGUGGUGGUCCCAGCCUCGUCUCUACGUCGGAAGGGGUAUGCAUGAAGGUGCAUGUUCGCUUGCCAUGUAUACAAUCUUCUGGAUGCUCCUUAUAUCUACGAAGUUGGUAGUUAGUUUCUACAUUGAGAUUAAGCCUCUAAUAGGUCCGACAAAAGAUAUCAUGAGGCAGCCAAUAACAACUUAUCAGUGGCAUGAGUUUUUUCCCAGAGCUAAGGACAAUAUUGGUGUUGUGAUUGCGCUUUGGGCUCCAAUUAUCCUUGUUUAUUUUAUGGAUACCCAGAUAUGGUAUGCAAUUUACUCCACAUUAGUCGGUGGUAUCUAUGGGGCUAUGCGUCGUCUUGGAGAGAUUCGGACUUUGGGAAUGUUGCGAUCUCGAUUUCAAUCAUUACCUGGUGCCUUCAAUGACAACUUGAUUCCAGUGGAAAAAUCUGAAGCCAGAACAAAGAGAUUGUUGAAUUCUCUAUGUGGCGCUUUAUGUGGAAAAUUCACUAAGGUACCAGCUAGUAAGGACGUGGUGAAAUUCGCUCAAGUAUGGAACAAAAUAAUUACCAGCUUCCGAGAAGAAGAUCUGAUAAGCAAUAGGGAAAUGGAUUUGUUGCUUGUUCCUUAUUGGGCUGAUCGAGAUUUGGACCUCAUCCAGUGGCCUCCUUUCCUUCUAGCCAGCAAGAUACCAAUUGCACUGGAUAUGGCGAAAGAUAGCAAUGGAAAAGACCGUGAGUUGAAGAAGAGAAUCAAUUCAGAUGAUUAUAUGUUUUGUGCUGUUCGAGAGUGCUAUGCAUCAUUUAAAAACAUUAUUAAAUAUUUAGUUGAAGGGCAACGAGAGAAAGAGGUCAUAAAUCAAAUAUUUGCUGAAGUUGAUGAUCAUAUAGCUAAGGACACUCUAAUUACUGAUCUGAAAAUGAGUGCUCUCCCUAGUUUAUACAACCAGUUUGUCAGAUUGAUCAAAUUAUUGAUGGAUAAUAAACAAGAAGACAAAGGUCAGGUUGUCAUACUUUUCCAAGAUAUGCUUGAGGUCGUGACGAGGGACAUCAUGGAAGAACAGUUCUCUGGCCUGCUAGAUUCCAUACAUGGAGGUGCAUAUGGAAGGCAGGAGGGAAUGACACCAUUGGAUCAGCAGGUUCAGUUGUUUGCUCCUGCUAAGGCUAUCAAGUUCCCAUUACCAGAAUCCGAUGCUUGGACAGAAAAGAUCAAAAGACUUAAUUUAUUGCUGACUGUCAAGGAAUCUGCUAUGGAUGUACCAACCAACCUUGAAGCAAGAAGGCGUAUCUCUUUUUUCGCUAACUCUUUGUUUAUGGCUAUGCCCAACGCUCCAAAAGUCCGUAACAUGUUAUCAUUCUCGGUUUUGACCCCCUAUUACACCGAAGAUGUUCUUUUUUCUGUACGUGGUCUGGAAGAGCCAAAUGAAGAUGGAGUUUCCAUUCUUUUUUACUUGCAGAAAAUCUAUCCAGAUGAAUGGACUAACUUCCUGGAGCGGGUAGACUGCAAAUCAGAAGAAGAACUUAGGCGGAAUGAAGAACUAGAAGAGGAGCUUCGUCUUUGGGCAUCGUACAGGGGUCAGACGUUGACAAGAACCGCUAGGGGAAUGAUGUACUAUCGGAAAGCUUUGGAGCUUCAAUCUUUUCUUGAUAUGGCCAAGGAAGAAGAUCUUAUGGAAGGCUACAAAGCAGCUGAAUUAACAUCUGAGGAACACUCAAAAGUUGGAAGGUCUCUGUGGGCACAAUGCCAAGCUGUAGCUGAUAUGAAGUUCACAUAUGUAGUUUCAUGCCAACAAUAUGGAAUUCAUAAGCGAUCUGGUGAUGCUCGUGCCCAAGAUAUUCUAAGGCUCAUGACAACAUACCCAUCACUCCGUGUUGCUUAUAUUGAUGAGGUUGAAGAACCUAGCAAGGACAGAUCUAAAAAAAUAGAAAAGGUGUAUUACUCUGCAUUGGUGAAGGCUGCUUUGGGAAAGGCUGACGAUCCUGCUGAGGCAGUACAAAAUCUUGAUCAGGUUAUAUAUCGGAUAAAGCUUCCGGGUCCAGCAAUUCUGGGUGAAGGAAAGCCAGAAAACCAAAAUCAUGCCAUUAUUUUUACUCGCGGUGAAGGUUUGCAGACUAUAGAUAUGAAUCAGGAUAAUUACAUGGAAGAGGCCUUCAAAAUGAGAAAUUUACUACAAGAAUUUUUAAAAAAACAUGAUGGUGUGAGGUAUCCUUCAAUCCUUGGUGUUAGAGAACAUAUUUUUACUGGAAGUGUUUCCUCGCUUGCAUGGUUUAUGUCGAACCAAGAAACAAGUUUUGUGACCAUCGGACAGCGGUUGCUUGCCAACCCAUUGAGGGUUCGGUUUCAUUAUGGGCACCCGGAUGUGUUUGACAGACUUUUCCACCUCACAAGAGGCGGAGUAAGUAAAGCAUCCAAUAUUAUCAACUUAAGUGAGGACAUAUUUGCAGGUUUCAAUUCCACCCUUCGUGAGGGAAAUGUUACUCAUCAUGAGUACAUGCAAGUUGGUAAGGGAAGAGAUGUGGGUCUUAAUCAGAUUUCACUAUUUGAAGCAAAGAUAGCAAAUGGGAAUGGGGAGCAGACACUUAGUCGUGACAUAUACAGACUUGGACACCGUUUUGAUUUCUUUAGGAUGAUGUCUUGCUAUUUCACGACUGUUGGUUUUUACUUCAGUACCUUGGUGACAGUCCUGACAGUAUAUAUUUUUCUGUAUGGCCGCCUCUAUCUCAUUCUUAGUGGGCUUGAGGAAGGAUUGGCCACUGGAAGAAGAUUUAUGCAUAACCAGCCUCUUCAAGUUGCUCUUGCUUCCCAAUCUUUUGUGCAACUUGGAUUUCUGAUGGCAUUACCCAUGAUGAUGGAAAUUGGGUUAGAAAGAGGUUUUCGUACUGCUCUAAGUGAAUUUAUACUGAUGCAAUUACAGUUGGCUUCUGUGUUCUUUACAUUUUCCCUUGGAACCAAAACCCACUAUUAUGGUAGGACGUUGCUUCAUGGAGGUGCAGAGUAUAGAGCUACAGGUCGUGGGUUUGUGGUUUUCCAUGCCAAGUUUGCUGACAACUACAGAUACUACUCUCGGAGUCAUUUUGUCAAGGGUCUAGAACUGUUGAUUUUACUUGUUGUGUACCAAAUCUUUGGCCAAAAGUACAGAUCCCCUAUAGCAUACAUCUUUAUAACUGCUUCAAUGUGGUUCAUGGUGGGAACUUGGCUUUUUGCUCCUUUCUUGUUCAAUCCUUCAGGGUUUGAGUGGCAAAAAAUCGUGGAUGAUUGGACUGAUUGGAAUAAGUGGAUUAGCAACCGAGGAGGGAUUGGUGUACCGCCAGAAAAGAGUUGGGAAUCUUGGUGGGAAAAAGAGCAAGAGCAUCUGAGGUAUUCAGGAAAGCGUGGGAUCAUUGCUGAGAUAGUUUUAUCAUUGCGCUUCUUCCUUUACCAAUAUGGGCUAGUCUAUCACCUUAAUAUAACAAAACAGACUAAAAGUGUGCUGGUUUAUGGUAUUUCUUGGCUUGUGAUCUUUGCAGUUUUGCUUGUCAUGAAGGUAGUAUCAAUGGGAAGGCGAAAAUUCAGUGCAGAGUUUCAGCUUGUUUUCCGGAUUAUAAAGGGACUUGUCUUUGUAACGUUUGUUUCUGUCCUUGCCAUCUUAAUUAUACUCCCGCAUAUGACAUUUCAGGACAUUAUCGUAUGCAUUCUUGCAUUCAUGCCUACAGGAUGGGGUUUGCUUUUGAUUGCACAAGCUUGUAAACCUCUUGUUGUUCAAGCUGGCUUCUGGGGAGCAGUGAGGGCUCUUGCUCGAGGCUAUGAAGUCAUCAUGGGCCUUCUCUUAUUCACUCCAAUUGCAUUCUUGGCUUGGUUCCCCUUUGUUUCAGAGUUCCAAACUCGCAUGCUAUUCAAUCAAGCAUUCAGUCGAGGUUUGCAAAUUUCUCGUAUCCUCGGUGGGCCCAAACGAGACCGAUCAUCUCGCAACAAGGAAUAAAUUUUUCUUUAGAAUGACUUGGUCUCUUCUCUGAGGAAAUGGAGAAGGCAAUUUUGUUCAUGUUGAAAUGGCAGUUGAUGUGUGUUGUGUACUGAUAGUUUUAAUCGCUGACGGGCAAUUGGCCAUUUUGUUGAACAAGUUGUGGUGGUGUUUAUGGGGUUUAGCUAGCACACUAAUGGGUGGGCGACCUACGUAACAACUGUAAUCCAGCUCUUGACUGAGGCUGCUUGCCUUUUUUUUCUCAAUAUAUAUUAGUUGACAAGGUUGUCUCUGUUGCCCAA